CGAUAUUCGGAUCCAUAUAAACAGUAUAUGCAAAAUAUCCUGUGCUAUGAUUUGGCUCCUUCACAUGGUGCUGUAGUACUUAUCGACAGCGAACUUUCGGUAAUGAUAAUAAUAGCCGAAAUGAAGAAUCAGAAACAUAUACAUAAUUUACAUCAAGCUUCGAACAAUGCUGCACUAGUUGUCAGUCCGUCAGCUAACGAAAUACUGGGAAUUUUGACCACUACAGACUGUUUACGGGCAAUUGUUGUUGCUGUAAAGGAAGAUUCAUUGGUUGGUCAUCGUAGUGUGCGAGAGUUUCUGAAAAAAUACAAUGGCAGAAAGCGUCUAGUUACUGCACCUGUUCACUUAUCCGUUUGGGAUGCUGCACGACUAUUUUGUCUGAAUCAUGUUCAUCGAAUCCCAAUUCUACAAGUAGACGAAUUUUCAAGGGAGACUGAUGUUCUUUAUUUAUUAUCGCUAAGAACGGUUUUCAGUGAAACAGUUUUAAAUUUGGUGGAAAGUAAUGGGCGUAAUUCUGGCAAGCACACACUGGCUCCACAUGUCAAGAACAGAACCUUGGAAGAAGCACGAAUUGGCACUUGGGAGAAAGUUAUUACUGUUUCAAAUAAGGCAUACUGUGGUAAAGUGAUUGAUCUGUUGUUGGAAUCAAAGCUGUCAUGUGUUGGAGUUGUUGACGAAGAAGGUAGACUGGCUGGUUCAAUUAGUAAAGGCGACGUGAUGAGACUUUUGUCAAUUCAUGAGCAUAAUUAUCUUGACAUUCUUACACUUCCUGUGAAGGAAGUAUAUAGUGCACCUCCAACUGCACAGGUUCAUAAUACCAUUUAUGAAGCGAUAAAAAUCCUGAUGGAAUCCGAUCAACAGUGUCUGUUCGUGGUGGAUAUGGUUACCGAAAUACCAGUAGCGGCUAUCGCAUUCAUUGAUAUUAUGGAUUACAUAUUAAAUUCCUCUGAAAUACAUCAUAAAAUGAGUGUCGGCUAA